AUGCUACUGAUAUCUAAUAGCAUUAGCAACCCAGAGCGUGUUUGGAAUGCAACUUGGACAUUAUUGGCUGAUGGAAUACUAUAUGAGAGGAGAAAAGUUUUGAAAAACCAAGGACUAAACAUGACUGAUGACGAAUUGAAAAACCUCUGCCUUAUUGAGAUUGAGAAGAUACUCAACAGCAAUGCGAGAUCUUUAAGAGACUAUCAAUCAAUGCCAUAUCCUGAGAUGUCUCAUGUUCGCCUUUUUCAGAAUAAGCUAAUAGAGGAGGAGUUAGCAUAUGACACAAAUGAGUUGACUCAUACAAACUUAUAUACAGAACAAAAGAUGACUCAUGAGCAAAGGUUAGUAUUUGAUGAGAUACUCAAUGCUGUUGUUACAGACUCUGGUGGUUUUUACUUCGUUUAUGGGCAUGGUGGGUGUGCUGGUAGCAGAACGGCUCAUUCUAGAUUUUCAAUACCUAUUACAAUUACUGAUGAAUCUACUUGCAACAUCAAGCAUGGCAGUUUGAAGGCUGAGCUGCUCAUCCAAAGUAGCUUAAUAAUUUGGGAUGAAGCUCCAAUGCUCAAUAAAAUGUGCUUUGAAGCACUUGAUCGGACGCUCAGGGAUCUUAUGUCAGUUACCGAUCAACAUAAGACACAUCAACCAUUUGGUGGUAAGGUUGUUGUUCUAGGAGGUGAUUUCAGACAGAUACUUCCGGUGAUUUCGAAAGAAAGUAGACACGAUAUAUUGGCAUCCGCUAUUAACUCAUCUCAUCUGUGGUUUGAAGCAGGUCAAACUUUGACGUAUGCUGAGUUUCCAAAUCAAUUUGUUUAUGAUAGAGAAUCAAGGGUAUGGCAUCCACGCAAAAGAGGGUAUUCUAUCGGGAGGUUAAAUUAUGUUCCACCGGGUACAGGUGAUAUUUAUUAUAUGAGAAUUUUGUUAGCUGUUCAGAGAGGUUGCACAACAUAUGAGUCUAUUAGGACAGUUAAUGGAAUUACAUAUUCUAGCUUCCAAGAUGCUUGCUAUUCCAUGGGACUACUGUGCGAUGAUAGGGAAUUCAUUACAGCUAUUAAUGAGGUAGCUGAACUUGCAUCUGGUCAUCAAUUGAGAAAAUUAUUUGCGAUGCUACUGAUAUCUAAUAGCAUUAGCAACCCAGAGCGUGUUUGGAAUGCAACUUGGACAUUAUUGGCUGAUGGAAUACUAUAUGAGAGGAGAAAAGCUUUGAAAAACCAAGGACUAAACAUGACUGAUGAUGAAUUGAAAAACCUCUGCCUUAUUGAGAUUGAGAAGAUACUCAACAGCAAUGCGAGAUCUUUAAGAGAAUAUCAAUCAAUGCUAUAUCCUGAGAUGUCUGAUGUUCGCCUUUUUCAAAAUAAGCUAAUAGAGAAGGAUUUAGCAUAUGACACAAAUGAGUUGACUCAUACAAACUUAUAUACAGAACAAAAGAUGACUCAUGAGCAAAGGUUAGUAUUUGAUGAGAUACUCAAUGCUGUUGUUACAGACUCUGGUGGUUUUUACUUCGUUUAUGGGCAUGGUGGGUGUGGUAAGACAUUUAUUUGGAAUGGACUUUCUUCUACUAUUCGGUCUAGAGGAAAGAUUGUUUUAAAUGUCGCAUCCAGUGGAAUUGCAUCUUUACUCCUACUUGGUGGCAGAACGGCUCAUUCUAGAUUUUCAAUACCCAUUACAAUUACUGAUGAAUCUACUUGCAACAUCAAGCAUGGCAGUUUGAAGGCUGAGCUACUCAUUCAAAGUAGCUUAAUAAUUUGGGAUGAAGCUCCAAUGCUCAAUAAAAUGUGCUUUGAAGCACUUGAUCGGACGCUCAGGGAUCUUAUGUCAGUUACCGAUCAACAUAAGAUACAUCAACCAUUUGGUGGUAAGGUUGUUGUUCUAGGAGGUGAUUUCAGACAGAUACUUCCGGUGAUUCCGAAAGGGAGUAGACAUGAUAUAUUGAUAUCAGUUAUUAACUCAUCCCAUCCGUGGUCGUUUUGUAAGGUUCUGAAACUGCAUACGAAUAUGAGGCUUCUAAUGUCUUCUUCGGAUCAAGAUGAAGGUGAAAUGAAGAGAUUCGCUAAUUGGAUACUUGAUAUUGGGAAUGGAAAUAUUGGCUCUGUUGUUGGUGAUGAAUCAGAAGUUGAAAUUUCAGAUGAUCUAUUGAUUACAACUACUGAUGAUCCUCUCUCUCAUUUGGUAGACUUUGCAUAUCCAAAUUUGUUGCAAAACAUGUCAGAUUACAGGUAUUUUCAGAGUAGGGCAAUUCUUGCACCCACGCUUGAGAGUGUCGAGAAGGUAAACGAUUUUGUCUUGACAAUCUUUCCAGGAAUGGAAAAGGAGUAUUUGAGCUCUGACACAACAUGUCAAGCUGAUGAGAAUGAAGAUGUACAACAAGAGUGGUUCACACCAGAGUUCCUAAAUGACAUCAAAUGUUCGGGACUACCCAAUCACAAGUUGACUUUGAAGCGAGGAGUCGUUGUAAUGCUACUGCGAAACAUAGACCAGACUUCAGGUUUAUGCAACGAAACAAGAUUAAUAGUUAACAAACUUGGCAGCAACGUAAUUGGAGCGACGGUAGUGACCGGUAAAAAUAUUGGAGAUAAAGUGUACAUUCCAAGAAGAAACUUGAUUCCUUCAGAUUCAGGAUUGCCAUUUAAGUUCCAACGGAGACAAUUUCCAUUAACAGUGUGCUUUGCAAUGACCAUUAACAAGAGUCAGGGUCAAUCAUUAUCACAUGUAGGGCUUUAUUUGCCAAAAUCAGUUUUCACACAUGGACAACUUUAUUUUGCUUUGUCAAGAGUUGAGAGUCGCAGUGGCCUGAGGGUUUUAAUUCUAGACGAAGACGGCAAUCCAAAGUCAUCAACAACAAAUGUCGUGUUCAAAGAGGUUUUCAAUAAUAUUUAG